UCCCCCUCCUUCAAAGCUGCUUUUUUAUUUAAGUCCGUAACCUCUCAAGCUCGACAAAACAAACUUAGCUUGCUUCUCUCACUGUCCCAACAAAGACGAUAAAAGGAGGAGGAGAAAAAAACAAGUUUUUUUGUUGUUUCUGUGGAACAAAGAGUUGUCCAAAAACCAUGCUUUCAAGGUCGAACAGCGGUGUCAUUUGGACGGAAGAUAAAGGAGAUGAGCAACACUCAGCUUCUUGGGCCAGAACCAACACUAACAACAACAACAACAGUAGUGUUGUAAUGGAGAACAAAGAAAUGAUGGGUUCUUUGUCUUCGUUCAAAUCCAUGUUAGAAGAUGAAUGGUACGUUCCAAACACCAGUAUUUCAAGCCAUCACCAUGAUAUCAGGGACCUUUCGUUUCCACCAAAUCUCGGUGGCCAUCAAAACAAUCUCUUGUUGCACCAUCAUCAUCAAAACCACCAGAAGCAGCAGGAGCAGCAGCAUCCAGUGGAUUCUUCCUCUUCUUGUUCGCCAUCUUCCUCUGUUUUCAACAAUCUCGACCCAUCCCAGGUACAGUUCUUUCUGCAGCCAAAACCAGGCUUGUCUUCACUCCUCAAUGUCGUUUCCAAUAUCCCUUUAGAUCACGGGUUUGAUUUGGCUGAAAUUGGGUUCCUUGACAACCAAGCAACAAAUGCUAGUCCUUUAUUGAACAGGAAAAAUUCAGGGGUUUUGGGUGGUUUCACUGAUUUAACCUCUGGUAAUCAGAUAGACACUGAUAAUUCGUGCCCCGAGACUCACUUCUCGGAUUCCGGGUUCUCUGGUUUUCAAGGAUUUGUUGAGAAUCCUGGGAAUUCUCUGUUUAUAAAUAGGUCUAAGUUGCUAAGACCGCUGGAUAGCUUUCCUUCGGUCGGAGCUCAGCCGACUCUGUUCCAGAAAAGGGCAGCUUUGAGGAAGAAUUUGGCUGAUAAUGGUGCGAAUUUCGCCGUUUUGGGCGGAGGAAAGUUAAAUGCUUCGAGUGGAACCGAGGGGGAUAGAGGGAAGAAAGAAAUGGAUAAAGAGAAUGAAAAGAAGACAUUUAGCAAUAGAGAUGAUUUAGAAGAUAUAAGCAUUGAUGGGUCAGCUUUCAAUUAUGAUUCAGAUGAGUUUACUGAGAAUAACAAGGCUGAGGAAACUCUCAAAAAUGGUGGGAGCACCUCGAAUGCAAACGGUGCUGUCAACGGAGGAGAUCAAAAGGGUAAAAAGAAAGGGCUUCCUGCUAAAAACUUGAUGGCCGAGAGGCGCCGUCGGAAGAAACUCAAUGAUAGGCUUUACAUGCUGCGGUCGGUUGUCCCGAAGAUUAGCAAAAUGGAUAGAGCAUCUAUUCUCGGGGAUGCCAUCGAGUACCUGAAGGAGCUUCUUCAAAGGAUCAAUGAUCUGCAUAACGAAUUGGAGUCGAACCCUGGUAGCUCUUCGCUCACACCUACAACCAGUUUCCAUCCUUUGACUCCUACUCCGGCUACCUUGCCCUGUCGUAUCAAGGACGAACUUUGCCCCAGUUCAUUACCGAGUCCUAACGGGCAGCCAGCAAGGGUUGAAGUGAGGCUGAGAGAAGGAAAAGCUGUAAACAUCCACAUGUUUUGUGGGCGGAGACCGGGUCUUUUGCUAUCCACAAUGAGGGCUUUGGACGGCCUCGGGCUAGACAUCCAGCAAGCAGUCAUUAGCUGUUUCAAUGGCUUCGCUAUGGAUAUCUUUCGAGCCGAGCAAUGCAAGGAAGGGCAGGACAUCCAUCCCGAGCAGAUCAAAGCUGUACUUUUGGAUUCAGCUGGCUACCCCAACAUGAUUUAGGGUUCUUCAGCUACUCUAUCCGAACAAUAACGAACAAAGCGUUUACAAGUCGAUUGUGCCGAGAAAAUAUCAAAUGGUUAUAGCAGGGAGAACAACAUAAGAGCUUCUAUGAUAAUUUGAACCGGUGGGAAACUCGCCAUUAACUGGAACUUUUGGAAGAAUUUAA